CCGAUGCGAAACGGGCUGGCGGGUGCGGCGAGGCGGUCGCUUCGAGCGUGGUAGUUUGUUCCGUGAAGGGAGUGCGGACGGCUAGGCGGUCUCGGCCACCUUCCCGGGCCCGCGCACCGCUGUGGACACACUGGACGAUGCCCGCGCAGUUUUUCGGUUGGAAGUUGGGGUGGUCGUGGCGUGUCGGUCCUUGAGCACGAGACGUGAUCGCCUCUUGCGCCCCCGGUAUUCGUGGUCGUCGUACAAGUCCCUCCGGAAUGCUCGCGAAGUACGGAGACUGCAGAUUCGUCCUCAGGGUAUCCCUGUGGCUCUCCUUUUACAGUUGAAGACCUUGGGGCAGAGCCAGACUGCUGCCCUGCCCUGCCCUGUCCGAAUGCGAAACCAGAGGUCGUAACCCAGACUGCGGAGACCGGGUUGCACCGUAUCCCAGAACAGUUUCGUUGGUAACCGAAGUAGCCGGUGGAGAACAAGGGCACCAGCUGUGAGGAGUGGACUGUUAUCCGGAAACCUGGCAGGCCGUAGAGUUUCUCCGAAAGAACCCAAACAUCCAGGUGGUUUCGGGAGAGUAGAGCAUUCUAGGCCAAGAAAGUGGAUUGAAUACUGGCUCCUGGAAUCUCACUAAAAUUACGGGAGAUGUCCUUUGCUUCUCAGAUGUAAUGCACUUUAAGUUUGUUACUCAACAGUGAAAAUGAAUCAUACAGAGGUUAAAUUAAAAAUACCUUUUGGAAAUAAAUUACUAGAUGCUGUUUGUUUGGUACCUAACAAGAGCUUAACAUAUGGAAUAAUUCUUACACAUGGAGCAUCAGGAGAUAUGAAUCUUCCUCAUUUGAUGUCACUGGCAUCCCAUCUUGCAUCUCAUGGGUUUUUUUGCCUGAGAUUUACCUGUAAAGGCCUUAAUAUUGUACAUAGAAUUAAGGCAUAUAAAUCAGUUUUGAAUUACCUAAAGACCUUAGGAGAAUACAAAUUGACAGGUGUUUUCCUUGGCGGUCGUUCAAUGGGCUCAAGAGCAGCUGCUUCUGUAAUGUGCCAUAUUGAGCCAGAUGAUGCUGAUGCUUUUGUUCGAGGUCUCAUUUGUAUUUCUUACCCACUGCACCAUCCAAAGCAGCAACAUAAACUUAGAGAUGAAGAUCUCUAUCGUAUAAAAGAUCCUGUAUUGUUUGUGUCAGGUUCAGCAGAUGAAAUGUGUGAAAAGAACUUGUUGGAGAAAGUGGCACAGAAAAUGCAAGCUCCCAAUAAAAUCCACUGGAUUGAGAAGGCAAACCAUUCCAUGGCAGUGAAAGGACGUUCAACAAAUGAUGUUUUCAAAGAAAUAAAUACACAGAUUUUGUUUUGGAUCCAGGAAAUCACUGAAAUGGACAAGAAAUAAUUGUAUUUAGCUAAAAGCCAUGUUAUUUUGGAUACAAAUACAGUUCAUUUGAUAAAGAACAGCAUACCUCUCGCAUUAUGAGAUAUUUCAGAUGAAUUUAAUGUUCCCCCAUUUUUAAAACAUGUUUUAAUUGUGAAAUUAAUGUUCUCUACAAAAUAUCUUUUGAAAGCACUGUUAUAGUUGUAUAAAGAUGAUGUACAAAUACUGAAGGUGGUCUACAUAUAAUUUAUUUUCAUUAAUAUAGUUAAGUUUUGAAAAAAAUUAAACAUUUGAAUUUUGUUACACUAGAA